GCUGUCCAGACCCUCACAUUUCUCUCGCCCUCGCUCACACCCCAAAGCACGGAACCAACCAAACAGAUAGAGACGGCGGAGGAGGAAGACGAAGACGAAGACGACGAAGGCCGCCGCCGCCGCGCGUAGCGCACACGAGCAGACACCCACCCGCCCCGCACCCUCCGAUCCAUUGACCUGUUAAUUAACUCUUCUUUACCCCUACCCAAUCCACUCUCCCACCGGCCACCGCCCUUGUCAAUACUUUCUCGGCCGGGGUGGAUUCCGACGAGCGAUCGCGCGCGUAUUCUUCCCCCGUCCCAUGUGCAGGUGACCAGAGCAGGCGCGGCGUCUCCGAGCAUCAGAAGCGCCAUGCACUGCUUCCGGUUCGCGAGCUGGGAGCGGGAGGCCGACGAGCGGCGCGGGGCGGCGGCGGCGACGACGACGACGACGGGCCGUUCCCUGUCCGCGCGGUCCAACAGCAGCACGACGUCGACGGACCGCGACGUGCGGCGGUCGGCGUCCGAGUGCUCCCUGAACGCGUCGGAGCUCAGCAGCGCGGGCUCCCUGGGCCGGUGCCGGCAGCUGUCGCUGUCGUCGCAGCGGCCGGCCAACGCGCUGCGCGUCUUCAACUUCCAGGAGCUCAAGUCGGCCACCCGCGGGUUCAGCCGCGCGCUCAUGCUCGGCGAGGGCGGCUUCGGCUGCGUCUACCGGGGCACCAUCCGGAGCGCGCUGGAGCCGCGCCGGAGCCUGGACGUCGCCAUCAAGCAGCUCGGCCGCAAGGGCCUGCAGGGCCACAAGGAGUGGAUGACGGAGGUGAACGUGCUCGGGGUGGUGGACCACGCCAACCUCGUCAAGCUCAUCGGCUACUGCGCCGAGGACGACGAGCGGGGGAUGCAGCUGCUGCUCGUCUACGAGUUCAUGCCCAACGGCAGCCUCGCGGACCAUCUCUCCUCCAGGUCGCCGCGGCCGGCGUCGUGGUCGAUGAGGCUCAGGGUGGCGCUUGACACAGCUCGAGGCUUGAAGUAUCUCCAUGAAGAAUCCGAAGUCAAGAUAAUAUUUCGUGACCUGAAGCCUUCGAACAUUCUUCUCGACGACAACUGGAACGCAAAACUGUCAGAUUUUGGCUUGGCAAGAUUAGGACCUCAAGAAGGAAGCCAUGUCUCCACAGCGGUGGUGGGGACAAUUGGAUAUGCAGCUCCUGAAUACAUCCACACGGGACGCCUCAGCACCAAGAAUGACAUAUGGAGUUUCGGCGUCGUGCUCCUUGAGCUUCUUACAGGCCGGCGACCUCUGGACCGGAACAGGCCAAGAGGCGAGCAAAAUCUCGUGGACUGGAUGAAGCCCUACUCUUCCGGCGCCAAGAAGCUCGAGACUGUAAUUGAUCCAAGGCUUCAAGGGAACUACAGCAUAAAAUCAGCUGCCCAGCUUGCGUCAGUGGCAAAUAAGUGCCUGGUGCGCCAUGCCAGGUACCGUCCCAAGAUGAGUGAGGUACUGGAGAUGGUGCAGAAGAUCGUCGAGAGCAGUGAAAUUGGAACACCGGAGCAUCCCCUGAUCAGCAAUUCAAAGGAAUUAGUGAGUGGUGAAAAGAAACGGAAAGGCCUUGACUUGAAAACAAGGAUUGCAGAUAUUAAAGCUAGGGAGGGGAGAUGGUUUGCAUGGCAAGGGUGCACGCCUAAGCUUGUGAGAACACAAUGAUUCAGAUCAUCUUGCAUAGUUAGUAGCAAAAGCAGCAAGUGACUUAAAAGGUCACCUGGAGUUUUCUUUUGGCAAACAAGUCACAGAGCAUGACAAUUGUAAACAACGGUUUGGUGCAGCCCGUGGAGGUCACCACUAAAUAAUGGAUAGGUUCACAUUUUCUGGGAUAACAAAUAGGCUGAUAGGUAAUCUUCUCCACAAACUCGGAGGUUCCAUGGUUUUUAUUAAGCUCAAGCAGUCAAUUUUUUUUUCGUGUAGAAGGCUUAUUGUACAGUUUACUUGGUUUUAUGGAGUGACUUUUGAGAUGCAUGAUGUGGUUUUAUGGAGUGACUUUUGAGAUGCA